AUGGCCGUCAGGUUAGACUCUUCGGGCGCGCGUGUGCCGCGCAACAUCGAGAUAGGCGAGGUGUCAAUUUGUGUUGCCGGCAUUGUAGAAGCCUUUUCCAAUGGAUUGAGCAUUUUCAAGCGACUGCGCGAAAGGAGAAGAAAACGCAGGUCCUCGCGGAAAGAGAGCGACACGCCUGAUGCCGUCAGCGCGGCUGAGCACCAGCUGUCCAAGAGCUUACGCAAAGGGCCUAGCGAGGUGGCGGAAAAGUACGCUGAAUGCUACCACAGUGGAGUAGGGCCGUGGUUCGCCAAAGGCGAUGCCAUUGCACAUGCAUCCCUUGCCGAGACGCUGAUCAAGCUCAACACCGGCCUCGUUGCCAUCAUCGCAUCCUUCCUGAACCAUGACCACAAGACGGGAAAGAGCAACCUAGACCUAGACUACAAGUCGCUGACCCACCUUUCCGAUGCUUCACGCCGCGAGGCUCUCCACAGCCUAACCCAACUCUACCAGCGCCUGUGCCAAGCACACAUCCAGCUCCAGCUCCACAAGCUGGCCGCCUCGGCCUGCCCACGCUGCGGAGCCACCAAACACCACGACUGCUCCUCACGCAGCGCCAGCCCAGACAAGGAAAAGAAAAAGCGCUCCAGCUCGUCCUCGCGCCAGCGCUCCGCAGGCCAAGUAGUCACACGCAUGCCCAUCAGGCAUGGCAGCUCCAACCACCCCCAGCUUGUCGUCAUGCGGCCCAGGCUCACUCGCAAGACUACCUCUUCAACCAACAACUCCACCGGCGUCAAGUCAUCAAACUCGUCGCGCACAACCUCGCCGCUGACAUCCCCUCAGCCAAAGAAGGCCCAGUUGGCAUCGCCCGAGCCAAAGAAGCUCCAGCCAGCACCACAAUUGCCUCUCUAUGUGCCUGUAGACCCUCUUGAGCUCGAGACCAGUGGUGUCAUCAGGGGCACGCUGGGAGGCGGGCCAAUCAAGACUGGCACUGUCAAACAACGUGUCGAUUCAUUCCAAGACCCACGUGAGCCCUGGCCUCAAGAGCACCUCCACCACACCAUCACCAAAUCCCCAUCGCCAAAGCCAAAGACAGUCUCAAGGCAUGCCCAGGAGCCCACUCCCAAGCUCCCAACCUUCUCCCCCACUCCCCGCCGUGCCCCCACCCCCAUUCCUACUCCCGCCCCCUCCCCAUCAUCCAAGCCUGCUGUUCCAUCCAAGCCAGAGUACCUGUCUCCACCACCCCUACUUGACCACGCACCCGCAACUAUCCACUUCCGACGCCGCAUGGAAAAGGCUACUCCUUCAAGCUACACGUUUGCGUCCGACAGCACUAAGAUGGGAGAGAUUCCCCAACGCAAAUGGACCAGUCCAUUUGAUUUCGAAAAGGCUGAACGGCUGAAUGCCGAGGCCGCCCUCAACGGUUACCCUAAUGCAUCCAUUGCUGCUGACAAGACCGAAAAGAGGAAGAAGCGCUUUGGCUUUAUGCGCCGUGGCGACAUGUAA